AUGAAGUUCCUCGCUGUUGUCUCUCUCCUCGCUGCCACCGCUCUGGCUCUCCCCAACGCAGGUGUCGUCCACCCUACCUUUGCCAGCGCCGACAAGUACACUUUGCAGCAGGCCCAGAACAAGUGCGGUGACCACACCACUCUGUCUUGCUGCAACCAUGUCUCCAAGGUUGGCGACACCACCGCCUUCAACUACGGCAUCCUGAACGGCCUUCUCGGCAACGCCAUCAGCGGCCCUGAGGGUGUUGGUAUCCUCUCUGGCUGCCAGAAGAUCUCCGUCACCGCCCUGAUCGGUGUCAACGACCUCCUCAACAAGCAAUGCCAGCAGAACGUUGCUUGCUGCCAGGACAACAAGUCUGUUGCUACUGGUGGUCUCAUCAACGUUGCCACGCCAGCCUGCGUUGCUCUCGGCUCCAUCAACUAA